CGCAAACCCCUCCUCUCCUCUGCAUUCUCAACAAACUGGUGAAGCCUUCUCCCUCUCUAAACGGCCAACCGAGUCGGGCUUUUUCUGCCUGCGCAUUCCCCGGCGGUUAACGCACUCGGAUAGACAUAUCUUAUCUCCGAACCACGCGAAUUUCAACACUUGGAGUAGUUAUAUAAAAUAUGUUGUUAGUGUUUCGUAUGAACUUAUUCUGUACUUUGUUCGUUUAACAUUCGAAAACGAAUGUUGAUGCGUGCGAUUGCAGUAGGCUACAACUCCUGCUAAUUUUUUUUGUGGAGAGUCCAGACAACUUUGUGGUCUUUGGGUGCGUAUUCCAUGCACAUUCACUCUGUGGUGAGGAUCCAUUUGUGAACAGACGUCCAGAGGCCUGCAACGGUACACUCAUGUGGAUAAUAGAGGGUGUUCUUGAUAUCGUUCUCGAAGUUCGCGUGGACCGUCACAAGUUGCUUUUCCUUGUUUCCCAGGAAGAGUGCCGAGGCACCACGCUCGGGCAGACGGAGAAUAAAUAACAUUGCGAGGACGUGCCGAGCAGACUUCUGCAAAGUUUUUGCAUGACAGCAGGAUAAGACAUCUGUAUCGUACAUUUCAAGUUAACCAGACGGGAUUUGGACUGCCUUCACGUCGGGUCUGUGAAAACUCUAGUCAUGGAAAAAUCGGAGCUCUCUUCAUAUGUCAGCGAGGAGUUCUGAAAGCGUGGGAACUGGUGCUGCCUGUUUUGGUCGAGUCCCCGCUCAGAGAAUCUGAGAGGAACAUAACAUUUGGCUCGAAACAAAGUUGAUGCACAGUGUUAAUCUAAAAUACAACUCAGUUUUUUGUGUGAGAGGAACACAGCGAAUCCAGAAACAUGCCACAACUCAACGGAGGCGGUGGGGAUGACCUGGGGGCCAACGAUGAGAUGAUCUCCUUCAAAGAUGAAGGGGAACAAGAGGAAAAAAUAUCCGAAAAUGUGUCAGCCGAGAGAGAUUUAGAUGACGUUAAGUCCUCUUUGGUAAACGAGUCGGAAAACAAUAGCAGUUCUUCGGAUUCAGAGCAGGCAGAAAGGCGCCCCCAACCAAGAAGAGACCUAGACAGUUACGAGAAAGCCAGAGAUUACUUUAGUGAAGCUUUAAGAAGACAAGAUGGAGGCUUAUUUAAGAGUCCCCCUUAUCCUGGUUACCCAUUUCUCAUGAUCCCAGACCUUACCAAUCCAUACCUUUCCAACGGCGCCCUGUCUCCCAGCGCGAGGACGUACCUGCCGAUGAAAUGGCCUCUUCUGGACGUCCCAGGAACAGCCGCCCUCAAAGACUCCCGUUCGCCCACUCCUGGACACUUGUCCAAUAAGGUUCCAGUGGUCCAGCACGGGCACCACGUCCACCCACUCACGCCACUCAUCACCUACAGCAACGACCACUUCCCCCCUGGCACUCCGCCCUCACACCUGUCCCCAGAGAUCCUCGACCCAAAGACAGGAAUCCCACGUACCCCCCACCCAUCAGAAUUGUCCCCAUACUACCCCCUGUCUCCUGGAGCUGUGGGGCAAAUCGCCCACCCCCUAGGAUGGCUCGUGUCACAACAGGGCCAACCCAUGUACUCCAUCCCUCCCGGAGGGUUCCGCCACCCCUACCCAGCACUGGCCAUGAACGCCUCCAUGUCCAGUUUGGUGUCGAGUCGCUUCUCUCCACACAUGGUGCAUCACCCCCACAGUCUGCACCAAACGGGUAUCCCGCACCCAGCCAUCGUUUCGCCAGCCAUCAAACAAGAGCCCAGCGGGGACCACAGUCCAGCGUCACAUUCCAGGAAGUCACCGGGGCCGAUGAAGAAAGAGGAGGACAAGAAGCCGCACAUCAAAAAGCCCCUCAAUGCCUUCAUGCUCUAUAUGAAAGAGAUGAGGGCCAAGGUGGUGGCUGAGUGCACCCUCAAGGAGAGCGCCGCCAUCAACCAGAUUCUCGGCAGAAGGUGGCACUCGCUAUCAAGAGAGGAGCAGGCCAAAUACUACGAGCUGGCGAGGAAAGAGCGACAACUGCACUCUCAGCUGUACCCAGGCUGGUCGGCAAGAGAUAACUACGGCAAGCGGAAAAAGAGGAAGAGAGAUAAUAAACCGGAGCCGAAGCCUGAGGAUUUCUCGGCGCGCAGCAAGAAGCAGUGUGUGCAGUACCUCCCGCAGGAGAAGACCAUCGACAGCCCGGCGUCGUCGCACGGCAGCAUGCUGGACUCGCCGGCCACUCCUUCGGCGGCGCUGGCCUCGCCGGCCGCUCCGGCGCCCACCCACUCCGAGCAGGCCCAGCCCCUGUCCCUCACCACCAAGCCCGAGGGACGCUCCCACCACCACCAUCCUCACUUCUCGCUCCCGGGGAAGCCCCCUUCCUCCUCAUCCACAUCCUCGUCAUCCUCUCCAUCCUCCUCUUCCUCCUCCAUCUCCGCCUCCCACGCCGCCCUCUCCCUCGCUAUUGGUACCUCGAGCAGCCAGUCCACUCCUCACAUCCUCUCCCGGCCAAUCCCCUUCACUUCCCUGCACCACUCCCUGCUGUCCCCGCCUUCCCCGUUCCACCAGGCUGCCCUGCACUCCCACCAUUUGCUUCAGACGCAGCCCCUCUCCUUGGUAACCAAAUCAACUGAAUAAAACUGCAAAAGCAACUCUUUCUCUUUUUUGUUUCUCUUCCCCUAACGGGUUUUAAUAAUGCUGUAUAUUGCUUUUUACCUUUUUAAAUAGCCAUUAGGUCAAUACUUUUUUGAUGAUGAAAAGGAAAUAAAUAUUAUCGGUCAAUAUUUGAUCACCUCCUUUUCUGCCUCUCUUUACGAAAACAAAAUGUAUUUUUUGUAAAGUUUACUGCAGAACUGGCUUCUUAUUUGAUGCAUUUAUCCAUUGAACUGAACUACUUGUAUAAAAGAAUAACAUGUAUCAAAAAGGUUCUUUAAAAAAAAACAACAAAAAGGAACAAAAAGACCCCUUUCCUUUUAGCCGUUUAAUAUUAGUUAUGAGUUUAAUUCCUAGUCCUGGUAAACUAUCACAGCCUUUGCAACAAACCCUCUCCAUUUUGAAGUGUGUGAUAUUGAUAAAUAAACAUUGUACAUUGUUUCUUAAA